AUGCCCGACAUCUCGCACCUCUGCGACGGGAAGGGGCGGCCGCUCAAGCACAACCGGUCGUGCCACGUGUGCACCCAGGGCAACGCCUCGUGGCGCGGCGGCUUCUUCCAGCCUCUCGGCUGCUCGAAGUGCGAGAAGAUCUACUGCCCGCGCUGCAUCGGCAACAUCCAGGGCAAGCCAUACGCCGAGCACAAGGAGGAGAUCGACCAGUUCAUUGAGGAGCACAAGCUGUCGUACGAGUGCGUCUGCUGCGAGAACAAGUGCGCGUGCCAGGCCAAGGAGUUCGAGCCGCUCGAGGUGAUCUCCUCGUCGGCGGACAAGUGCGCCGUGCUGCGCGUCUCGGCCAAGCACCCCUUCAAGCCGGGCGACAAGGUGCGCGUCACCGGCCACCACGGCAGCUGCCGCGACGACGAGCUCAAGAAGGGCGAAUGGGCCGUCAAGCAGUCUCUCUCGCCAACCUCCUUCUCGAUCGAGCUCGACUUGCGCAAGGGCGGCGGCAAGGGCGGCAAGGUGGAGAUGGUCAAACUGCAAAAGCACAAGCGGUGGGGCUGGGCCGGCGCGACCGGCUUCGGCAUCCAGAAGGAUGCUCCGGCGGGCAAAAAGUAUUGCCCUCCAGCCAAGCGGCCAAGCGGGGCGAAGGAUGCGCCGCCUAGCAAGAGGCAGGCGGCGGCGGGCAAGAGCAAGGUCGAGGCGAAGCCUGCCAAGGCGCACCUCACCAAGCAGUGGCCGCAGUCGAGCCCCGCCAGGGGGCGCGCACGAGCGGGCGCAUAGGCCGGCUGCGCGGGGGCGCCGACUGAUCCUGCAGAGGCGAUAGGCCGGUUGGUGAUGAUGAGGCUGGGCCUGGCGUGCUCUGAGCUCGCUGAGCAGUAGUCAGCGCGUGCACCAGCUCACGUAGCCGUACUCCUUUCUUCCAGUUCCCGCUG